UAGACAUAGCCUUUUCUUGUCUGAAGAACUACUGAGUAGUACUGUCUUCCCUGCUCCAAUCCCGUUCGCUUGACGACCCUUACUUAUUUCCUCGGCAACCGUUGAGCGACGUCUAAUCACCUCUGUCUGUCUCUAUCUCUGUUCCAUAUCACAGCACAGUCCAUGCCCAAAGCCGCCCCUUCAUCUUCGACUCGACCAGCCCUCCGCAGAAACCAGGCCUGCCGCUCCUGUCGUAAGAGAAAGCUCAAAUGCGAUGCUGCACGCCCACAUUGCGGUACAUGCGUCAAACAAUGGCAGGCCCUCGUCAGCGUUCCGGCCCCCGUGGGAUACGCCCAUCCCAGUGAACCUCAGUGUUCGUAUGAUCCCGUCGAAGGCUUGACUCUGGCCCCAGACACGGAUCCCUUGGAUAGGAUCAGACAGCUGGAGAGCCAGAUUUCGCAACUGAAGGUCAAACUGUAUGAAAAGCAAACCGCCCCUCGGUCCAUCUCUCCCACCCAGCCGUCUUCGCUUAAUGCCAAUGUCACCGACAUACCGAGGCCGCUUUCAAAUGGAGGCGGCAUAUCUCUACCCCAUGCUUCCCUAAUGAACUUAAUCUCAGCUGAUAGUCCUGAGUCUCGCUUCAGGAGUGAAAGCAGCAGCCCGCAAUUACUCCCUGUUGCUUCAAAAUUGCCCACAGAUCCAUUCAUGGAGUUGCUUUUCACGGGCUGGAACCCUGAUCUCCCUGAUCCUGCGACCCUCAAUCACUAUAUAGAUGUAUUUUUUCGGUGUGAUCCUUGUGGCGCACGGGUGUUACACCGUCCUUCAUUUCUGAAUUCGAUGCUAUUGUCGCCUCGGGACCCGGCAUUCCCUCAUUCUGCCAUCCUCCACGCAAUAUGCACGGUGGCGUCUCGCUGGUCUCCUCAAAAUGUAGUAAUCAUGCCAGAUGGCGUUCGCCGAGACUCAUUUGCAGAAUUCCAUGCUGGAAAAACUCGAUCGUACAUUGACAAAACAAUGGCAAGCGGCGAAGAUAUAUUCUCAGUCAUGCAAGCUUGCAUUUUACUAUCAUGGUACUUCUACCAGGAAGGACGAUGGGUAGAAGUGUGGAUAUUCGCUGGCUUUCAGACAAGAGUCGCCGUUCCGUUACGGCUGAACUAUCCUGGAACUUUCUCAACGCAUGGAAAUAACUCACCCGGUGCUUACCUUGCACCGCCUAAGGAUCUUCGAGAUUUGGAGUCUCGUCGCAGAACCUGGUGGAUGACAAUCAUGUUCGAUCGAAUAGCGUCUGUUGGUGGAUGGAUACAUGCUGUCGAUGAACGAGAUUUGGGCACAGAGUUGCCAUUGCGUAAUGAAGACUUUGAAUCCGAGGCCGCCAUUCCGAGCAAUCCCCAGGACCUAUCUACCCCAGAUAUCUUCACACGACAUCCACCGCAAUACACAGAUAGCUUCCUACUGCUGAUCAAGGCGGUGAUGCUAUUUGGCCGUGUCACUGAUUUCAACGUGCGGGGAAGUCUACGAGCGGCAACAGCUCCCAGCAGGAACCAGAACCCCUUCUUCUUGCAAGGGUUUGAAGCGCUUGAUAAGCUUGUCUCCUCCGAGUUCCUGGAAAGCCUCCCUCAUAUUUUUAAGAAUAAUUCCGGAGUGACCGAUGCCCCCGAAGGCGGCACGCUGGAUACGGAUUUGUAUAUGGUCCAUAUAAUCCCUCACGCGGCUACCAUUACCCUUCAUAAUCCCUAUAUGGACUUCAGUGACGGGCAAAGCAUCUCAACGGCGCGGUGUGUCAACUCAGCGCGCCAGAUCCUCGGUGCCUACUGUAUGCUCUCGGCAACGUCUCUGGACAUAACGAGGUUACACCCCUUUGUAACUAUAUGCUGGUAUCUGGCAGCUGUCGUUCAAGUCCAGCUAUGUAAAUAUUUCAUCGAGAUUGGGGACACUCAAAGGGAAUCCAGUGUGUGGGGUGAAAUUAAUGUGCUCAGAUUUGCCAUGCUUGCAUAUGGACAGAGAUCUCCCAUAGGAACUCGACAAGAACGCCUGCUUCAAGGACUUAUGAGAGAAAUAGUGCGAAUGACGGCGCAGAAGCAACCGCUAGAAGUUGGAGUUCCGUUGUAUCCUUUCUCCUCUCAAACUCUGUGGCAAAAAGACAAACCACGGACAGGUUCUGAGGAACGCUCGACUGUCGUACCAUUGCCAGUCAGUCCCCAAUAUGAAGAGAUAACUCCGCCUCAGCUGACACCGAGUCGUGGCUCUGGUUCUGGAUGGUCACCAGGUACAGGAAGCGAUCACGAUGGUGCGCAUUCUCUACCCACGAACACUUCUUACGUCGGUUAGACGACCAAUAUAUUAUACUUUAUUACCCCAUGAUUCGUACUCGCUUGUGCUCACUGUGUUUCUACUGUACAUGUAUUUUACAAACGGAGUUGGAUAUGGACUACUUGUUCCUCUG